UUUGUGACGUCACCCUCCUCCGAUCACGUGUCGCCAGGGACGGUUCGUGACUCCGUCUGGAAAAUCUUGUGGAAUAACCAACCGCUAUUAAUAAGCACUCCUCGCAGCUGCAUAUCACCUCGGAGGGUUUUUUUUUCGCAAGCGUUGAUAUUCUUCUGGAGGUCGGGCUGACUCGUAUUUAAACUCUGCCACUAUGGAGAACGUCGUCUGGAUGUUGAUGGACAUCGAAUCCCACCAGGAAGCCCAGUGGCCGCUUCUGUCCUCUAGCAGCAGUUAGCAUUAGUUUUCCACUUCGGGCAGUGCCUUAAAUGUCACUUUUUGAAAGCAUAGCAAAACAAGUAAGCAGGGUUUUUUAAUUUUCACUCAAGAAUUCAUUAUACGAGCGUAACAACACGCAAAUAAGCAGCCCAUUGACCUCAGCGGUGCCUUCACGGUCUCAUCGACGCUUUUCACCAUGACUGGAAGAAGCAUUUGAGUGUUUUUUAUUUUUUCGCCUGACAAAAAUUUUCAUCGACCAUGAAGGCUUCCCUGGCCCCCGGGAUUCGUUGCAUCACGUCUUUUUCUCGGGAUAGCUGGUAUCGAGGCUUCAUCCUGUUGCUCACCUUCCUCUUCUACACCGCCUACCACCUGUCUCGGAAGCCCAUCAGCAUCGUCAAGAGCGAACUCCACCGAAACUGCAGCGGCGUCAUUCGCCCGGCCGACGUCAACAUCACCAACAAUGUCACCUGGUGCGACUGGGCUCCUUUUGACCAGGACAACUACAAGACACUCUUUGGGGUGUUGGACAACUCCUUCCUGGUGGCCUACGCCAUCGGCAUGUUUUUCAGUGGGAUAUUCGGGGAGCGCCUGCCGCUACGUUACUACCUGAGUUUUGGCAUGCUGAUGAGCGGCUUGUUCACCUGUCUGUUCGGCCUCGGGUUCUACUGGAAAAUCCAUUCCUUGGGCUACUACGCCGUCAUCCAGGUGUUCAACGGCUUGAUGCAGACUACCGGCUGGCCGGCUGUGGUGGCCUGCGUGGGCAACUGGUUCGGAAAAGGGAAGCGCGGCUUCAUCAUGGGCGUGUGGAACUCGCAUACGUCGGUGGGCAACAUCCUGGGCUCACUCAUCGCCGGCGUCUUCGUCUCGUCGGCGUGGGGCCUCUCCUUCAUCGUGCCGGGCAUCAUCAUCGCCUCCACCGGCGUCCUUUGCUUCUUCUUUCUGGUCGAGAAACCCGAAGACGUCGACUGCAGCCCUCCUCAGCAUCACAACGACUCGGAAAAUGAAAGUGGUGAGACCGAGCCUCUCCUGCAGAGUCCGGCGCACGUGGCCAAUGGUUCCGUCGUCGUCGACACGCCCGACGACUCCGCCGGACACUCGGAGGCCAUCAGCUUCUACGGAGCCCUCAGCAUACCCGGCGUGGUGGAGUUCUCGCUGUGUCUGCUUUUCGCCAAGCUCGUCAGCUACACGUUCCUCUACUGGCUGCCGCUCUACAUCUCCAACGUUGCGCAUUUCGAGGCCAAAGAAGCCGGAGACAUGUCUACGCUUUUUGAUGUGGGAGGAAUUGUGGGCGGCAUCAUGGCGGGCCUCGUGUCCGACUACACCGGCGGGCGAGCCACCACGUGUUGCGUCAUGCUGCUCCUCGCCGCACCCAUGCUUUUCCUCUACAACCACAUCGGACAACGAAGCCUCGGCACCACAAUUGGUAUGCUCUUGCUUUGCGGGGCCCUGGUCAACGGGCCAUACGCGCUCAUUACCACUGCCGUAUCUGCCGACCUGGGCACACACGAGAGCCUGAGAGGCAACUCCAGGGCGUUGUCCACGGUGACGGCCAUCAUCGACGGAACGGGAUCAGUGGGGGCGGCGCUGGGCCCUCUUUUGGCCGGGGUCAUCUCGCCGUCGGGCUGGAACAACGUCUUCUACAUGCUCAUCUCCGCCGAUGUGCUGGCUUGUUUGUUUCUGGCCAGGCUCGUUUACAAGGAAGCUCAAGGUUGGUGCGGACGCAUCCCGAGAAUCAGAGGGUACAAGGAAACUUAAAUGGAGGAAACACCAGGGCGUCAGCUACGUCACAUCAGCGCUUCACCGACUGGGACUCAUCAUCAAGCAAAAACGUUGUCUCUCAAGACACUUUUUAAAUGACUAACUUCACUCUGCCAUGCUUUUAUCAGUAAAGUGUACAUACAAGA